GCCGGAGCUGGAGAGCCCAGCUGCAGUAGUCACUUUAGCUGCUGUGCAGCCGCCCGACUCUCGUCAGCUGCCGCGGAGUCGCAGCCCGAGCCCGGUCGAGGGGGCUGCGUCCGCAGCCGGGAGCCCACAGCCCGCACCUCCAGCCCGCCCCGGGGCGCCCCAGGCCUCACCAUGGUGAAGGUGACGUUCAACUCGGCUCUGGCCCAGAAGGAGGCCAAGAAGGACGAGCCCAAGAGCGGCGAGGAGGCGCUCAUCAUCCCUCCGGACGCCGUCGCCGUGGAUUGCAAGGACCCAGAUGAUGUGGUACCAGUUGGCCAAAGAAGAGCCUGGUGUUGGUGCAUGUGCUUUGGACUAGCAUUUAUGCUUGCAGGAGUCAUUCUAGGAGGAGCAUACCUGUACAAAUAUUUUGCACUUCAACCAGAUGAUGUGUACUACUGUGGAAUAAAGUACAUCAAGGAUGAUGUCAUCUUAAAUGAGCCUUCUGCAGAUGCCCCAGCUGCUCGCUACCAGACAAUCGAAGAAAAUAUUAAGAUCUUUAAAGAAGAUGAGGUUGAAUUCAUUAGUGUGCCUGUCCCAGAAUUUGCAGACAGUGAUCCUGCCAACAUUGUUCAUGACUUUAACAAGAAACUCACUGCCUAUUUAGAUCUUAACCUGGAUAAGUGCUACGUGAUUCCUCUGAAUACUUCCAUUGUUAUGCCUCCUAGAAACCUGUUGGAAUUACUCAUUAACAUCAAGGCUGGAACUUAUUUGCCUCAGUCAUACCUGAUUCAUGAACACAUGGUUAUUACUGAUCGAAUUGAAAACAUCGACCAUCUGGGUUUCUUUAUUUAUCGACUGUGUCAUGACAAGGAAACUUACAAAUUGCAACGCAGAGAAACUAUUAAAGGUAUUCAGAAACGUGAAGCCAGCAAUUGUGUCACAAUUCGGCAUUUUGAAAACAAAUUUGCCGUGGAAACUUUAAUUUGCUCUUGAACAGUCGAGAAAAACAUGGAGACAAAUUUAAUGCCACAGCAUAACCCCACCCUUUGUAUUUUGUGCAGUGAUUAUUUUUUAAAAUCUUCUUUCAUGUAAGUAGCAAACAGGGCCCCACUAUCUUUUCAUCUCAUUAAUUCAAUUAAAACCAUUAUCUUUAAAAAAUAUUUCCUUCUUUUUAAGUGUGGUGUCUUUUGUAUUUGACUUAGUAAGCGUAUGAAGUCAUAGAUAAUAGUACACUUCACUGUAGAUCUUAAGUAUUAGGAAAAAUUAAAAUUUCUUUAAGUCAUUUAUCUGAAUUUGUAUGUUUUAAUUAUGCAUUUUCAAGAGGAGGGGUUAUAUAAAGAAUAAUCAUAUAUAUGCAUACAUUAAAAUGGACCACAGUGACUUAUUUGUAGUGUUAGUUGCCCUGCUACCUAGUUUAUUAGAGCAUUUAAGCACGCAUUUUUUCCUUUAAUUAAAAUGUGCAGUAUUUUCAUUAUUGCAUUUAACUAUUUAGAGUAUGUUUUCCACUUUGAUGUUUUAAUAUCCUAAGCAUUUGCUGUAAUAAUAUUUUAGAAAAUGUUUGGAAUUUAAGAAAUAACUUGUGUUACUAAUUUGUAUAACCCAUAUCUGUGCAAUAGAAUAUAAAUAUCACAAA